AUGACAGUUCAAACAAAUAGAAUGGGCCGUGACGAUAGCCGAAUAUACGUUGGAAAUCUCCCUCCAGACGCUCGUGAGAAGGACAUCGAAGAUAUCUUCUCGAAAUAUGGGAAAAUCAGAUUUAUUGACAUCAAAGGAGGUCGUGGUCCACUGUUCGCUUUUAUCGACUUUGAUGACCCUCGUGAUGCCGACGACGCUGUACGAGGUCGCGACGGAUACGACUUCGAUGGUUGUCGUCUACGUGUUGAGUUCACCCGGGGAGUAGGGCCACGUGGUCCGGGAGGUCGUCCACUGAACGGUGGAGGCGGUGGAGACUAUGGUGGUUCACGUCGUAGUGGACCACCAUCGCGUCGUUCAAAUUUCCGUGUUAUCGUAGAAGGUCUUCCCGCAACUGGUUCAUGGCAGGAUUUAAAGGAUCAUAUGCGGGAAGCAGGUGAUGUGUGCUAUGCUGAUGUGGCUCGUGAUGGGACGGGCGUAGUAGAGUUUAUACGUCUCGAUGAUAUGAAAUACGCAGUGAGGAAACUCGAUGAUACAAAGUUCCGUUCUCACGAGGGUGAGACGGCAUAUAUUCGUGUACGCGAAGACUCUAGCAGUGGCAGUCGCGGUGGUAUUCGUAGUCGCUCCAGAAGUCGAUCACGUAGUCCGCGUCGCUCAUCGCCCAAAUACAGCCCUCGCAGAUCGCGUUCACGCAGCCGAUCUGAUUCACGAUCGCCGUCCCGUUCUCGCAGUCGCUCUCGCGACUAA